AUGCACACGGUUUCCACUUUCCCCAUCAACCACUUCUGCCGAGGCGCUAGAGAUAUUCUGGAUGACUUUUUGCUUUCUGUUGGCUGUUCAGCUUCCAAGGCUUUUUUUUGUGCUUGCUGCCCUGCAGCCAAGAGAGCUGGUGGAAGCCGCUUGAUUUUCCUCCAUGUUGACUUGUGGGAUUGCGGUAAAUUAGAUGCAAGCUUGCGGGUAUAA